CAAGGACGGCCGCGUCCCCCGGGCGCUCGUGGAGAGCCAGGCCGGGCCGCCAGAGGGCCUCUGCUGCUACAUCUGCGGCUCGGCGCUGUCGCCGGCCUCCCUGCGCCAGAUCCUCGUGCAGAAGCAGGAGAAGCCGGCCCCGGCGCCCUUCUUCCCCUUCCUGUGGCUGCACAGCCCCCCGCCCGGCGCCCAGCCCAUCAGCGAGGCGGGCAGCACCCUGGUGUGCGCCUGCUGCUUCUCCUCCCUCAUGCAGCAGUGGCACAGCUUCGAGUUGGCCGACGUGCCCGUCCUGCAGCGACUCUACGUGGUGCCCCUGACCAGCCACGCGCCCGGCAUGGCCUCCAAGGGCGGGCGGCUCCCCAGGGAGGAGGCCCCACCCCCGGGGGCCCUGCCGGAGGCCUGCUACCUCUGCGGGGAGGACUGCACCCAGGACGCCCGGGCCGUGCCCUCCCGGAUCCUCAACGGGAACGCCAGGAGCACCAUGCACUUCCCCUUCCUCGCCCUCCUGCCCUGCCCGCCCAACGCACGGGCCCCCAACAAGCGCUCCGAGGUGCGCAGCUGCCCCAAGUGCUUCAGCGUCCUGGAGGACAUCUGGGCCCUGUACCGAGCCUACCAAGACCAGGAGCUCAUCAGCUCCGUGCAGGGCUUCCUGGGCAGGUACCACCAGGCCUUCUCCGCCUCGGACCCGGCCCUCGGCGAGCCGCCCACCCCUGCCCACGGGGGCUUGGCGUCUGUCUGCUACAUCUGCGGGGCCGAGCUGGGCCCCGGGAAGGAGUUCCAGCUCAACGUGAACCCCGCCAGCCGCCUGGGCGAGAAGGAGCCCUUCUUCCCCUUCCUCACCGUCUACCCGCCUGCCCCACGGGCCCGGCCGGCCGACUCCACCGGGCUGGUGGCUACCUGCCUGCUCUGCUACCACGACCUGCUGGGCCAGUGGUUGCAGCACGAGGCGCGAGGCGCACACCACACCCUCAGCGCCUGGUCUCGGCAGUACCAGGUGGAGACCUUCGUCUGCUUCUUCUGCCAGCGUGAGAAAAAGCGGUGUCUGGGACUGAAGUCCGUGCGGGUGGCCAGGCUGCCCUUGUUCCUCUACACCUUGCGAGCUAGCCACAGCCUGCUGGUGGACGACGGGCGGCAGCUGAUCAUUGGUGCCUGUGUGGAAUGUGGGACCCUGGUGUGUGCAGGCCAAGGGACCGCCCGCCAGGGAUCUACGGGCUGGAGCUCCCCGGCGGCCACAGCAACAAAGGUCACCUCUGCGUCUCUGGAGUCCUCGGCAGCCGUCCACCCUCCAGCCCGGGAGCCGGAGUUGCCCCCCGGGCCCCCCGCCGAGAGCCUGCCCAGGGGCCCCGGGACCGCCCCGGGGUCGCAGCCCACCUCACGCCUGCAGAGCAGCCAGCAUGGGGACGGCGCAGAGCUCCUGGGCACAGGCAUGAGCCAUGAGCCCAAGUCCCCUUCUCUAGGGAUGCUGUCCACCGCGACCAGGACCACCGCCACCGUCAGCCCCCUCACUCCCUCUCCGCUCAAUGGCGCCCUGGUGCCCAGCGGCAGCCCGGCCACCAGCAGCGCGCUGUCGGCCCAGGCCCCGCCGUCUUCCAGCUUCGCUGCUGCUCUGCGCAAGCUCGCCAAACAGGCGGAGGAGCCCAGAGGGUCUUCACUGAGCAGCGAGUCCUCCCCCGUGUCCUCUCCAGCCACCAACCACAGCUCCCCGGCCAGCACCCCCAAGCGCGUGCCCAUGGGCCCCAUCAUCGUCCCUCCUGGGGGCCACAGCGUCCCCAGCACGCCCCCCGUGGUGACCAUCGCCCCCACCAAGACCGUCAAUGGCGUGUGGCGGAGUGAGGGCCGCCAGCAGGAUGCCGGCUCGAGGGGAGGCAGCGGCGGCCGGGAGCGCCUGGUGGUGGAGCCCCCACUGACCCAGGAGAAGGCUGGGGGCCCGGCCAUCCCCUCCCACCUGCUCAGCACCCCCUACCCCUUCGGCCUGUCCCCCAGCUCCGUCGUGCAGGACUCCCGCUUCCCACCUCUCAACCUCCAGCGGCCUGUGCACCAUGUGGUGCCCCCCAACACCGUGACCGAGGACUACCUACGAAGCUUCCGGCCCUACCACACCGCCGAGGACCUGCGCAUGUCCUCCCUGCCCCCCCUCAGCCUGGACCCUGCCACGGCCGCAGCCUACUACCACCCCAGCUACCUGGCCCCGCACCCCUUCCCCCACCCAGCCUUCAGGAUGGACGACUCCUACUGCCUGUCAGCCCUGAGGUCCCCGUUCUACCCCAUCCCCACCCCCGGCUCCCUGCCGCCGCUGCACCCGUCGGCCAUGCACCUGCACCUCUCGGGGGUCCGCUACCCCCCCGAGCUCGCCCACUCCUCCCUGGCCGCACUGCACUCGGAGCGCAUGUCCGGACUCAGUGCCGAGAGGCUGCAGAUGGAUGAGGAGCUGCGGAGGGAGAGAGAGCGGGAGCGGGAGGCUGACCGGGAGCGCGAGCGGGAGAAGGAGCGCGAGCGCGAGCGGGAGAAGGAGCGGGAGCGCGAGCUGGAGCGCGAGAAGGAGCGGGAGCUGGAGCGGCAGCGCGAGCAGCGGGCCCGCGAGAAGGAGCUGCUGGCCGCCAAGACGCUGGAGCCCGCCGCCUUCCUGCCGGUGGCUGACCUGCACGGCCUCCGCGGCCCCCACGCCCCCGAGGAGCGCAUCAAGCCCUCGGAGCAGCUGACCCCCACCCGAGCAGAGAAGCUGAAGGACGGGGGCCUGCAGGCCCCGAAGCCCGUGCAGCACCCCUUGCACCCGGUGCCCGCCCCUCACCACACCGUGCCCAGCCUCAUCUCCAACCACGGCCUCUUCUCCCUGCCGGGCAGCAGCGCAGCCACGGCCCUGCUCAUCCAGCGCACCAACGAGGAGGAGAAGUGGCUGGCGCGGCAGCGGCGCCUGCGCCAGGAGAAGGAGGACCGGCAGUCGCAGGUGUCUGAGUUCCGGCAGCAGGUGCUGGAGCAGCACCUGGACCUGGGCCGACCCCCCGUGGCCGCCGAAGCGGAGCCCAGGCCGGACGGCGCCAGGCCGGGACCAAACCGCCACGAGCCGGCCAGCCGCGACCCCCCGCAGCACUUUGGAGGACCUCCACCUCUCAUCUCCCCGAAGCCCCAGCUCCACACCGUGUCCACCGCCCUCUGGAACCCCGUGUCCCUGAUGGACAGUGCCCUGGAGACACGGCGGGCCGAGAGCCACAGCCUGCACAGCCACCCGGCUACGUUUGAGCCCAGUCUCCAGGCUGCGCCGGUGCCCCUGGUGAAGGUGGAGCGGGUGUACUGCCCCGAGAAGCCCGAGGAGCCACGCAAGCGCGAGCCGCCGGCCCGGGAAGCGGCCAGCCUGGAGCCUCCCGCCUUCCCGCACGGGCCUGGGCCCUUCCUUGCGGAACUCGAGAAGUCUGCACAGACCAUCCUGGGCCAGCAGCGGCCCUCCCUCCCCCAGGUGGCCCCCUUCGGGGAGCUCAGCGGGCCCUUAAAGCCUGGGUCCCCCUAUUGCCCUCCCACCCCCAGGGGUCCCGACCCCUCCUACAUCUACGAUGAGCUUCUGCAGCAGCGCCGGAGGCUGGUCAGCAAGCUGGACCUGGAGGAGCGCAGGCGGCGGGAGGCCCAGGAGAAAGGAUACUACUAUGACCUGGACGACUCGUACGACGAGAGCGACGAGGACGAGGUCAGGGCGCACCUCCGCGGGGUUGCUGCACAGCCGCCCCUGAAGCUGGACACGUCCUCCGAGAAGCUAGAGUUUUUGCAACUUUUUGGCUUGACCACCCAACAGCAGAAGGAGGAGCUGGUGGCGCAGAAGCGGAGGAAGCGGCGGCGGCUGCUGCGCGAGAGGAGCCCGUCCCCGCCGGGCGCCCAGAGGAAGCGGCGGACGCCGUCCCCCAGACUGGCCCUGUCCACCCGUUACAGCCCCGAUGAGAUGAACAGCAGCCCCAACUUUGAGGAGAAGAGGAGGUUCCUGACCAUCUUCAACCUGACCCACAUCAGCGCUGAGAAGCGGAAAGACAAAGAGAGACUUGUUGAAAUGCUCCGUGCCAUGAAGCAGAGAGCACUGUCGGCAGCGGUGGCAGACUCGGUGACAAGCUCUCCCAGGGACAGCGCUGCCAUCUCCCCGAGUGAACCAGCCACGCAGCCUGCCUCUCCGGAGCCAGACAAGCCUGUCAGCGUCGCUACCUCCUUGUCUGAAGUCCCAAAGGCCGUGGAGACAGGGAGGCCCCAGGAGCCAGCGCCCCCCGGCGGUGAGAAGGCCAGGCUGAGCGAAGCUCCCCGGGGCAAGAAGAGCCUGAGCAUGCUCCAUUACAUCCGGGGCACCGCGCCCAAGGCCAUCCCUGUGCCGUUGUCCCACAGCGUCAACGGGAAGAGCAAGCCUUGGGAGCCCUUCCUGGCUGAGGAGUUCGCACACCAGUUCCACGAGUCGGUGCUGCAGUCCACGCAGAAGGCCCUGCAGAAGCACAAAGGGAGCUCGGCUGUGCUGUCUGCAGAGCAGAACCACAAGGUCGACGCGUCUGUCCACUACAACAUUCCCGAGCUGCAGUCCUCCAGCCGCCUCCCCCCGCCCCAGCCUAACGGGCAGCAGGAGCCCACGGCGGGCGGGCACGGCUCCCUCGUGCAGGAGCCAGACCAGGAGUCGGAGGAGGAGGAGUACGGCAGUGAGGACAGUGAGGACGAGGAGGACCAGGAAGCCCCCAGGCGCAAGUGGCAAGGGAUUGAGGCAAUUUUUGAAGCCUACCAAGAACACAUAGAAGAACAAAACCUAGAGCGGCAGGUGUUACAGACCCAGUGCCGGCGGCUGGAGGCCCAGCACUACAGCCUCAGCCUGACCGCAGAGCAGCUCUCCCACAGCAUGGCGGAGCUGAGGAGUCAGAAGCAGAAGAUAGUGUCCGAAAGGGAGCGCCUCCAGGCAGAACUGGACCACUUACGCAAGUGCCUUGCCUUGCCUGCACUGCACUGGCCGCGGGGCUACGUUAAGGGUCACCCCAGGUGACAGUUCCCUUGCACAGGCGGAACCUAUAGUAUAGAAAUAUGAUCUAUUUUAUUACCUUGAAUAUUUAAUAUUUUUCACUGGGAGGUUUGAAGCUUAAAAAACAAGAAUGUGCCAUGCAUGAAGCAAAGGAUUCCAGGCUCCAGGAAAACAAAGGAAUGAGUUCCCCUCGACUUCAGUGCGGCCAGAUGGUCUUUGUCACCAGCGAGCAGCCAGUGUAGAAGGCCUAGAGUUUUCCUUUCUCACGGUGGUUUUAUUCCUUCUUCCCCCACAUAGGUCUUUCUGUUGUUGUUGUUGUUGUUCUAAUCUGAAAAUGAAGGCUCCAUUCCCAACACUAAAACCAUGUCGUGCAUCACCCCCAGUGCAUGGAAGGGGCUCCCGCCCCGCUGGCUGUUCCUUGUGCUGCAGCUCCAGCGCGCAGGCCCACAGCCACGGGGACCUCGUUCUGCCCGGAAGCGAGGCUCCCCCUGGCUGCAAAGCAGGCCGGGUGCACUGUCAGUGAAGGCCUUGCUUCACUUUCCUACAAACAAAAGCUAUUUGUCUUCAAAGCCACAGGUCCUAGGGGCAACAGAGCAGUCUCUGGAAACGCUCUCACCUGAGAUAAACCCACAAACUAAAGGUACCUUUUGUCACGCGUGGGGGAGGAUGCACAGAGCUCUAUGUAGACAUUCACACCCGCUGAGUUGUUACUGGGGUGGGUGAUGGUUUCAUACAAACAUAAAUUUUGAGAGAAAAGUCAAAGGUGCUUCAGCCUUGUACUGUGUAUAUAUAUUAAAAAAAAAGUUUUGUAUGUUUUUAUUACUUUAAUUAUUAUAAAAAGCCUGCCAUUUUUAAUAUGUGGUUUGGGGGAAUUUUUGUUUUUCCUCUUUGGGGGUUUGUUUUUGUUUUUUGGGGGGGAAAACCCUUGCUUUUAGUGUUUGUACUGCUGCUGGUCAGGACGUUAAAAUAUUGAAGUGUUUUUAAAAAUUAAAAGGAGAAGCAACACAAAAAGAGCUUACCACUGGCGCCUAUGCUGUCACUUCAUUUUUACUUUGAGCUGCACCAGAACCUGAUGCAGAAAAGCCAUGCAUUACUCCUUACCUCCUCCUGUCCCUAUCCCAGACCAGGUAACAGCAGAUAGCGCGCAGCUGGGUCACGAGGGGCAGGCGGUGGGAACACGCAGAUCCCGAGCAACAAGUUGACAGCGGCGCACAUGCCCGGCUCCAAGAACCAUUCAGCCGUGAUUGCUGCAGAACCCUAACAUUGCCAAGAGCGCGUACAGAGUAGGAACCCAAGUAGCUACUGAGUGCCAGGCUUUGUAAGGCGGCCUCAAGUAGGCCAGCAGUGGCUGGGGUGAACUGGCAGUGAUGGUAUAGAAAGCAGGCUGUUCCCACCACUGGCUGCAAUACGCUGCCUUGUACUGCCCCUUCAGGCAGUGUUGGAUCCAGAUCAGAACAGCACUUCCUACUGGAACAGGCCCUCGCCACUUGCUGGCCUGGGGGUGGGGAGCGGUCACGCCAACCUUUGCCGGCCACCAGCAGCUGCACUUACUGGCUGCUGCUCCCGGGGGCAGUGCCCUGAGUCCUAGCCCUUGCUGUGCUGAGCAGCUUGCUGACAGCUGGCAUGGUGUUGCUUAUCUGCCCCCACACAGUUCGCUUUGUACGUCUGCCAAGAGCCUUGCAGUUAUUAGCAAACUCAGACAGAAAAGCGCUGCCAGUAUUGCCAGCAGUCAGCAAGCGCCUCCUUCCACCAGGAGGCCUGGAAAAAGCAAAAGGCUAUGACCUGGCCUCUUCCCCUGCAGAGUCCAAGAGCCGCAGUCGGGGCAAAAUGUCACUCCACUUCUCUUCUUACCUGCUUGCUACUUACAGAGUAAAUAAAGGCUUAAGAGUCCACACCUGAGCACUCCACACGUCAGACACCUGGUGGUUUUGGCUAAAGCAAAGGGAAAAAGUAAAUCUAAUCACCUAGUGGAAGGAAAGGCCCGGCCUUCUCUGCGUCUGAGAAGUGUCCUUGUUGGUCUUAUUGGGGGGAAGGCUGAGUUGGGGGCAGUAAGUACCACGACCCCUUCACUGAAAACUGCCCCAUACUCCCAUCACACUCCUCACCGCGCCCCAGCCGGUUCACAUCCAAGUGCUCUUGUGCUCAAGAAGUAAUAAGACAAUCAGUGCAAGUACAGACAAGUAAGGCAGCAUGCAGAAACCGAGGUUAAGAAAGGUGCUUGGUAGUGCAAGCACCAGACGCUGCCUAGCAAUGGCUUUCCUGCCCAAGAAUGAAUUCUUUCUAUAAGCAGUCACAUCUUUCAGAUGAUUCUGGAAGAACACAGCACGUCUAAGUCUGUUCACAGCAAAGGACAAAAUGCAGUCACAACCUCUGAGGCUCUGCCCAGCUUCCUCCGGUUGCACUUCAAAGACAAAAGUUUAGUAGUAUGUCAGAUUUUCUCUAGAACCAAUGGUGCACGUGUGUCAGUAUUUCUGUGACUACCUUGGUCCUUCUCAGCUGUGUCUUCCGCAUCACCUGGAAGAGAACCCCAUCUGUCCUCUGACAGGGAAGUCACUAAACUUGCGACAGACAAAAGCUCCAUCAUCUUUAAAACCAGCUGCUCUUGUUCACUUUUGUUUUAAACCUGGCAAAAUUCUAUGCUUCCUGCCAUUGUCUCAGACAGGUGACCAAAAUAGGAUUUGCAACAUUUCAGUCUAUAUUCUAAUUGUAAAGAAAACACUUAGGCACUAAACUAAUGGAUUGCAACCCCAAGAAAAUUCAGAUUAUUUAAAGGAUACCUUCAUCAGAAAAAAGCUAAAAGCAUGGGAGAUCUUGUUUGUAGCAGAAUGGUAUUUUCCUCAAGUGCUCACAAUACUGCCAAAUCUCCAAAACAAAACAAAAAAAAAAAACCCAAUUGCUGAGUUUAAAAGCUGACAGCCCCUUUCCCUCUGAGCCACAGACAGCAUAGAAACGCAGGUACCCAGCACCAGAGGGAGCUGGCUAGCACAGACAGCUUCUCUGUCAAGCGCACGCUGUAGCUGCUCGGCAGCAAUCUAUACUUCAAUAACCAAGCUUCGACUUCACUCCUUGCCGUAGCCUGUCCCCUACCUUUGACCCAGUGCUUAAUGAAACUCCUAGUCUCUGCCUUGACCUGAGGAAGCCGGCCCACCGGUGAUGUUGCUCGUGCGCCCCAUGUUCAGCUCUAGGAUGGGCAGAAGGAGUACAGCAGUGCCUCGGUCACUGGGGGCAGUUUAGAUGCUGUGAAAUGAAACCUGUUCUAAGUGUACUUGUUUAACUGUAUUGUAAUAUUAUUUGUUGAAUGUAGUAAUUAGGUAUUUAUGAAUAUAUUGCUGUAAUUUCUGACAACAUCCAAAAAAUAAAAUCGUCCUAAAUCAUGUUAA